AUGAAACANAUGAUAGUUGGGUCGCCUUCAACGUCUUCUGUCUCCAAAAACGCCAGUGGAAGCCCAAGAACAACUGCUUCCGCUUCUUCGGGGGCGAAUAAAGCUGGACAAGCUUCAUCUACUACUCAUUCAUCAUCUCAGCAGUCUAAGAACUUGCAGUCUGCAUCCGUAGCGUCAUCUACUGGUGGAAGGAAUAACGGUCCUUCUGUUCUCGGAAACCCCACCACGAGCUCUGGAUCCAAGUUGCAACAACAGCAGCAGUUGCCAAAGCAUGGGUUGCAGCAGCAAGCACAGCUUUUCUUCUCGAACCCUUAUAUGCAAGCCCAACAUCAACAUCAACAGCAACAGAUCACUAUAUCUCCUUCUGGUGGGUAUUACAUUCAAAGACAUCAGCAACAGUCAGGUUCAGCACCUGCUGGUGCAGCCACAUGUCUUCCAGUCACAGGAGCCGUUACAGCAACUUCGGAUCCAGCGAAAGCCAUUGCGGCUGCAGCAGCUGCCAAUAACAUGAAAGGAGGUGGUAUGGGGAAGACGCCUCCAGGGUUCCCGGAUGUGCAUGCGGUUCCCUCUGCUGUUCAGGUGAAACCCGUUAAUCAAAAGCAACAAGCGGGUGAGUGAAAGACCUUUAAAACCC